GGCUGAGCCGGGCAUGAGCCGCCCGCGUCCGCUGCGGGACUAGGACGCCAUGAACCUGCACCAGGUGCUCACCGGCGCGGUGAACCCCGGCGACCACUGCUUCUCGGUGGGCAGCGUCGGCGAUCAGCGCUUCACGGCUUAUGCAUCUGGAUGUGACAUCGUAAUACUGGGAAGUGACUUUGAAAGAUUACAGAUAAUCCCAGGCGCUAAGCAUGGAAAUAUUCAAGUGGGAUGUGUAGACUGUUCAAUGCAGCAAGGCAAGAUUGCAGCAUCCUAUGGAAAUGUUAUCUCUGUUUUUGAACCUGUCAGUCUACCGAAAAAAAGGAAAAAUUUGGAAUUUUAUAGUCAGUGGCAAAAAAGUGGCCAAUUUUUUCUGGAAUCAAUAGCACACAAUAUAACUUGGGAUCCUUCAGGAAAUCGUCUUUUAACUGGUUCUAGCAGCUUGCAGCUCUGGUGCAAUACUAACUUGCAGAAGCAAACUGAAGAUGAAAAUCCUGAUAAAACAGAUCUUAACUUUGGGGAUUGGAUAUGCAUUUGGCAUUGCAAAACUGCUUCCCAGGUUCACUUAAUGAAAUUUUCACCAGAUGGAGAAUUUUUUGCCACUGCUGGAAAGGAUGACUGUCUUGUAAAGGUAUGGUAUAAUGUAGAAAACUGGCGGCCAGCUGUUACUUCUCCAGAUAAAAGUUCAGAAAAACAAUCCCAAGGAGAAAUUGACUUUUCUUUUGUAUAUCUGGCCCAUCCUCGAGCUGUAAAUGGAUUUUCCUGGCGUAAAACAAGCAAAUAUAUGCCGAGGGCUUCUGUGUGUAAUGUGCUGUUGACCUGUUGCAAAGAUAAUGUAUGUCGUCUUUGGGUGGAAACAUUUUUACCAAAUGAUUGCUUGCUUUAUGGAGGUGAUCUCAACCAUUGGUCUGAACCAAUUAAUUUAAUAAAUAAUUUCAAGAGAAAUGCUUCCAGCAAAGAACGAGUUCAAAAUGCUCUAGAAGUAAAUCUGAGACAUUUUCGUAGAGGUCGGAGGAGAUCGCUUGCACUUGUGGCACAUACUGGCUAUCUGCCUCAUCAACAGGAUCCUCAUCAUGUCCACAGAAACACUCCACUGCAUGCCAAUGCACUUUGUCACUUUCAUAUUGCAGCCAGCAUUAACCCAGCUACAGACAUUCCACUUCUUCCAUCUAUUUCGUCUUUGAGUUUAAGUGAAAAUGAAGAGAAGAAUGGACCUUUUGUGGUACACUGGUUAAACAAUAAAGAGUUACAUUUUAGUUUGUCCAUGGAAGUCUUCUUACAGCAACUUAGGAAAAGUUUUGAACAGCCCUCUUCUGAAGCCAGUGCAGAAGACUCUGUUCAGGCAGAUGUAAAAUCGGAUGAAGAAAUGGACGACAGUUUUGAUGAUUUAAAAAUAAACCAUGAAAAGAAAGAAUUGGGUGAAGAUAAAAUGGUACCAAACUCAAGUUUUGCAUCAUUACCAUCAGCUGCUGUUGAUCAUCAGAUUGAAGUCCUUCUGUCUGAAUGGAGUAAAAAUGCAGACAUGCUUUUCAGUAUUCAUCCCAUGGAUGGUUCUCUACUAGUUUGGCAUGUAGAUUGGCUGGAUGAAUACCAGCCUGGUAUGUUUCGUCAAGUACAGGUGUCCUUUGUUUCCAGAAUUCCUGUAGCUUUCCCCACAGGUGAUGCAAACUCUCUCUGUAAAAGCAUAGUAAUGUAUGCCUGUACCAAGAAUGUUGACUUGGCUAUUCAACAAGGAAAACAGAAACCCAGCCUCACUCGUUCCACAUCAAUGCUUAUCUCUUCUGGUCACAAUAAAUCAUCUAAUAACUUAAAAUUAAGUAUUUUUACCCCUAAUGUUAUGAUGAUUUCAAAGCAUGCUGAUGGUUCUUUGAAUCAGUGGCUGGUCAGUUUUGCUGAGGAAUCUGCUUUUUCUACAGUUCUUAGUAUUUCUCACAAAUCCAGAUACUGUGGUCAUCGUUUUCAUCUUAAUGAUUUAGCUUGCCACUCAGUGUUACCUUUAUUACUGACAACAUCACACCAUAAUGCAUUAAGGACACCAGAUGUUGAUAACCAGAAGCAAUCUCAUGGCACUGUAAAUACUGAAGAAUGUUCCUUGAUACAGCAAAAUAAAAACACCGUUGAGAUGGCAUUUCAAGAUCCCAAUGCAGUUUAUAGUGAACUUAUACUUUGGAGGGUUGAUCCAGUUGGCCCAUUAUCUUUUUCUGGCGGAGUGUCUGAGCUUGCUCGGAUUAAUUCUCUUCAUGUUUCUGCCUUUUCCAAUGUGGCAUGGCUCCCUACCCUUAUACCGAGUUACUGUCUAGGUGCGUACUGCAACUCACCUAGUGCAUGCUUUGUAGCUAGCGAUGGACAGCAUCUGAGGUUGUAUGAAGCAGUUAUUGAUGCCAAGAAACUUUUAUCUGAGCUUUCCAACCCUGAAAUUUCUAAAUAUGUCGGUGAAGUCUUUAACAUCGUCAGUCAGCAGUCAACAGCCAGACCAGGAUGCAUUGUUGCAUUAGAUCCCAUUACCAAGCUUCAUGGCAGGAAAACCCAGUUGCUUCAUGUUUUUCAAGAAGACUUUAUUUUGAAUAACAUUGAGAUGAAAAGUAGGAGAAAAGAAAGCAUUUUAUCUGAUUCAGGCAGUUCACGUAAUGGAUUUUCUGAAAAGUUUUACCUAGUUGUAAUAGAGUCCACUCAAGAUCACCGCUCUCUGUUACGCAUGUGGAAUCUGCAUUUAAGGUCAAUUCCUGUCUCACUAGAUGAAAGAAUAGACACAAAAAUAUCAGAAGCGGUUUGGCUACCAGAAGAACAUUAUUCCUCUUCUCCAGAGAAGAUCCCAUCUCCUUUUUCACAGAAAUACCAGGCUUGCAAAGCAAAUCUCCAAAGUACCAGCAAGUUAUCUCUGUCUUCUGAAAUGGUAUACAGUCAAGAGUUGGAUUUGCCGGAAGGGGUUGAGAUAAUAAGUGUUAAGCCUUCAGCAGGACAUCUGAGUUCUUCUUCCAUAUAUCCUGUAUGCAGUGCGCCUUAUUUACUGGCAACUUCAUGUUCAGAUGAGAAAGUAAGAUUUUGGAGAUGCAGCGUAACAGAUGGAGAGUCAGCCAUAUCAAAGAAUGGAAAAAUAGAUCUUACAUAUACUUGGGAAGAAUGGCCAUUACUUAUUGAAGAUGGACUUCAAAGCAAUAGUAGUAUAGCUGUACCUGGUAGGCCUAUAGAAGUUAGCUGUGCACAUACAAACCGUUUAGCAGUAGCUUAUAAGCAGCCUACAUCUAAUAGGUGGUCUCAGGAAUUUAUGAUGCAUGUAAGUAUUUUUGAAUGUGAGUCUACAGGAGGUUCAUGUUGGGUCCUUGAACAGACAAUUCAUUUAGAUGAAUUAAGUACAGUGUUAGAUUCUGGCAUUAGUGUUGAUAGCAAUUUAGUGGCCUAUAAUAAACAAGAGACAUAUUUAUUCAGUAGAGAAAGUAUCACAUCAAACACAAAACAUUUGGUUCACUUAGAUUGGAUAUCUAGAGAAGAUGGUUCUCAUAUCUUGACGGUAGGAAUUGGAUCAAAACUUUUUAUGUAUGGACCCCUGGCUGGCAAGGUACAAGAACAGACUGGUAAAGAGAGCCUGAUAUUUCCUCUCUGGGAGAGUACUAAAAUUGCACCUCUUUCUAAAUUUGUACUGUUACGAAGUGUGGACUUGGUUUCUUCUGUAGAAGGUGCCCCACCUUUUCCUGUUUCUUUAUCAUGGGUCCGAGAUGGCAUCCUUGUGGUGGGAAUGGAUUGUGAAAUGCAUGUGUAUUCCCAAUGGCAGCCUUCUUCUAAACAAGAACCUGUUAUAACAGAGUCAUACAAUGGAAGCACUCCAUCUAUACUAAGUUUAAUUAAACAAAGUAACUCAUCAAGUUCUGGGCUACAUCCUCCAAAGAAAACUCUGACUCGAUCCAUGACCAGUCUUGCCCAGAAAAUCUGUGGAAAGAAAACUACAUUUGAUCCUUCAGUGGAUAUGGAAGAUUCAGGUCUUUUUGAAGCAGCUCAUGUGCUUUCCCCAACUUUACCUCAGUACCAUCCCUUGCAGCUUUUGGAACUCAUGGAUCUUGGCAAAGUUCGGAGAGCCAAGGCCAUCUUAUCACAUCUUGUUAAGUGCAUUGCAGGGGAAGUUGUGGCUCUGAAUGAAACUGAAUCCAAUCAGGAACGUCGCCUUAGGUCUCUCACCAUCAGUGCUAGUGGAAGCACAACCAGAGACCCCCAGGCAUUCAACAAAGCUGAGAAUACAGAUUAUACAGAAAUUGAUUCUGUCCCUCCACUUCCUUUGUAUGCCUUACUUGCCGCAGAUGAUGAUAGCUGUCACUCAUCUGUGGAAAAAUCUAGUAAUGAAAGUUCUUUAAACAAAUCAAAGCAUUUGUCAAAAGGAAGUUAUGAUGAGCUGUUUCAGAAUUCAGCUUUAAUGCCUGAUAGUCAGGUAUUAGAGACAGAUGAAGAAAACGCAAAGCCCAGAGUUAUUGACCUUUCACAGUACAGUCCAACUUACUUUGGUCCUGAACAUGCUCAAGUUCUUUCUGGCCACUUGCUUCAUUCUAGUUUACCAGGACUCACCCGGAUGGAACAAAUGUCUUUGAUGGCCUUAGCAGAUACAAUUGCAACUACAAGCACUGAUAUUGGAGAAAGCAGAGACCGAAGUCAAGGUGGAGAAACACUUGAUGAAUGUGGAUUAAAAUUUCUCUUGGCUGUUCGACUUCAUACCUUUCUUACAACUUCCCUUCCAGCCUAUCGAGCUCAACUCCUGCACCAAGGCCUCUCUACUGGUCAUUUUGCUUGGGCAUUUCACUCUGUAGCAGAAGAAGAGCUACUGAAUAUGUUGCCAGCAAUGCAGAAAGAUGAUCCCACUUGGUCUGAACUAAGAGCCAUGGGUGUGGGGUGGUGGGUCCGCAAUACCCGCAUCUUACGCAAAUGCAUAGAAAAAGUAGCCAAAGCAGCCUUCCAUAGGAAUAAUGAUCCUUUAGAUGCUUCCAUUUUUUACCUUGCAAUGAAAAAGAAAGCUGUGAUUUGGGGAUUAUAUAGAUCUCAAAAAGAUGCUAAAAUGACACAGUUUUUUGGACACAAUUUUGAGGAGGAGAGGUGGCGGAAAGCAGCUUUGAAAAAUGCCUUUUCUUUACUAGGCAAACAAAGGUUUGAACAUUCUGCAGCAUUCUUCCUUUUAGCUGGGUGCCUCAGAGAUGCAGUUGAGGUGUGUCUUGAGAAACUGAAUGACAUUCAGUUGGCUCUUGUAAUAUCAAGACUCUAUGAGUCUGAAUUUGAUAAAUCAGCAACAUAUAAAUCUAUUUUACGCAAAAAAGUUCUGGGAAUUGAUUCUCCUGUCAAUGAACUUAGUGCACUGAACAUGACUGCGCAUUAUGAUCCUUUUCUACGGAGUAUGGCAUAUUGGAUUUUAGAAGAUUAUAGUGCUGCUUUGGAAACAUUGAUAAAGCAACCAAUCAGAGAGGAUGAUGAUCAAGUCCUGAUGUCAGCCUGUAACCCUGCAGUUUUUAAUUUCUACAAUUAUCUAAGAACACAUCCUCUUUUGCUAAGACGUCAUUUUGGAUCAUCUGAUACAUUUUCUACACACAUGGGUUUAACAGGGAAAAGUGGACUGGCAGGAACGAUUAGUUUAAAUGAAAGACGAUUAUUUUUUACUACUGCCAGUGCUCAUCUGAAAGCUGGCUGCCCCAUGUUGGCUUUGGAAGUAUUAUCAAAAAUGCCUAAAGUCAUCAAGAAAACAAAUCCUUUUUGUAGGGCAUCUAGUGUUCUUACUAGUAAAGAUUCUUCACUUAAGUUGGAUGCAAAAGAAGACAAGUCUUCUGCUGUUGACUGGUCACAGUCACUGAUGAAUGGUUUUGAAUCUUCUUCAGAGGGCUCCUCAGAGAAGCAGUCAGACUCCACUCUUUCUUUUGAUUGGAGCCAACCCAGUGUUGUAUUUCAGGAUGACUCUUUGGAAUUGAAAUGGGAUAGUGAUAAUGAUGAAGCAAAUGAGGAUCUCCCCAUUUCCAUGAAAGAAGUAAAACCUUUACUGAGAAAAACAGAUAAAAAACUAGAUGAAAUAAGCAAUUACACAGACUCUUUCAGUACACUAGAUGAAAAUGACAUUUUGGAUCCAUCAGAAGAUAUUAUUGCUGUUCAGUUAAAAUUUAGAGCAUGUUUAAAGAUCCUCACAGUGGAACUUCGUACUUUAUCUACUGGCUAUGAAAUUGAUGGUGGAAAAUUGCGUUACCAACUAUACCACUGGCUUGAAAAAGAGAUGGUAGCUCUUCAGAGGACUUGUGACUUUUGCCCACAUGCUGAAGAACUACAGUCCACAUUUGGCAAAAGUGGAGAUGAAUUUGGAUUAAGUGAAGAGGCAGAUGAUGUAUAUCACCAAACAAAAGUGAAACACAUGAGAGGCUUUCAGGAAAAAAGACAGUGGCUCUUAAAGUAUCAGUCACUCUUGAGAAUGUUUCUCAGUUACUGUGUACUUCAUGGCUCUCAUGGUGGCGGGCUUGCAUCUGUGAGAAUGGAAUUGAUUUUGCUUUUACAAGAAUCCCAGCAGGAAACAGGAGAACCUCUCUUUCCUAAUCCUCUGUCUGAACAAACUUCAGUGCCUCUCCUCUUUGCUUGUACAGCCAGUGCCAAAACGGUAGUUGCCAACCCAUUACUGCACCUUAGUAACCUAACACAUGAUAUUCUACAUGCCAUAAUAGAUGUUGAGUCACCUCCUCAUCCUGAGAGCCAAAGCAACAAAGUAUAUGUAAUGCAUACUUUGGCAGCCUCACUUUCUGCUUGUAUUUAUCAGUGCCUUUGCGGUAGUCAUGAUUACAGUUCAUUUCAAGCAAAUCAGUUUACUGGAAUGGUGUAUCAGACAGUGCUACUUCCCCAUCGACACUCUUUGAGAACAGGAAGCUUAGAUGAAUCAAUAACUCCCAAUACAUCACCAGCUCAAUGGCCAGGAAUAACGUGUCUAAUUCGUCUUUUGAAUUCUUCUGGUGAGGAAGCCCAGUCAGGACUUACGAUCUUACUUUGCGAGAUUCUCACAGCAGUGUAUCUCAGUCUCUUCAUCCAUGGCCUGGCAACACAUUCUAGUAAUGAGCUAUUUCGGAUUGUAGCCCAUCCUCUAAAUGAAAAAAUGUGGUCUGCAGUGUUUGGUGGAGGUGCACAUGUUCCCAGCAAAAAACAAACACACUCAAAAAUUUUAUCCAGAAGGCACUUUGCUAUGCCUAGCCCCCACCAGGUAGUGGUAUUCUCCAUGGAAUGUGUGGGCUUUUCCAAAGCUCUUUCAACCAUCAGUUCCCAUAGCCCUCCCACUCCUGCAGUAGUCGAAGAAGGAGAAAAACAAAACAAAGGUUUUAGUCCAUCAAAAGUAUCUUGUAGAGAGUCUUCCCCACUGGCCUCUUCCUCACUACCAGUAAAUCAAGAGUCACUGACAAUCAAGGAGAAGUUCAUCCCACCUGAGCUAAGUAUCUGGGACUAUUUCAUAGCCAAGCCUUUUCUACCCCCUUCCCAAAGUAGAGCAGAGUAUGAUUCAGAGGAGAGUCUGGAAAGUGAUGAUGACGAUGAUGACGAUGCUUUACCCUCAGACUUCCAUCACCAGGAGCAUUCAAACUCAAACUCAUACAGUUGGUCGUUGAUGCGAUUGGCUAUGGUGCAGUUGGUGCUCAACAGUCUGAAGACUUUCUAUCCCUUUGCAGGUCAUGAUCUUGCAGAGUUACCAGUUAGUUCACCUCUUUGUCAUGCAGUUCUGAAAACUCUUCAGUGUUGGGAACAGGUUCUUCUCCGACGACUUGAAAUCCAUGGUGGACCCCCUCAAAACUAUAUCUCUAGCCACACCUCUGAAGAGAGUGUGUCUGCAGGCCCUGCCAUUCUCCGCCACAAAGCUUUACUAGAACCUACAAACACUCCUUUCAAAUCCAAACAUCAUGUAGCGCUGUCUGUGAAGAGGCUUUGGCAGUACCUGGUGAAACAAGAAGAGAUUCAAGAAACUUUUAUCAGAAAUAUAUUCACAAAGAAACGGUGUUUAAAUGAGUCAUUAGAGGACAACAGUGAAACAAUCAAAAAUUCUAUGAUGGAGGAGCCAAACAUCAAUAAGAUAGAGGCUGAUUUGGGAUAUCCUGGAGGAAAAGCAAGAAUUAUUCAUAAGGAAUCUGAUAUCAUUACAGCUUUUGCUGUUAAUAAAGCAAAUAGAAAUUGCAUAGCAGUCGCCUCCAGCCAUGAUGUUCAAGAACUGGAUGUUUCUGGAAUUCUGGCUACACAGAUCUAUACCUGGGUAGAUGAUGAUGCAGAAAUGGAAACCAAAGGAUCAGAAGACUUCUUGGUUAUACAUGCUCGUGAUGAUUUAACAGCUGUCCAAGGUUCAACCCCAUAUACACAUAGCAACCCUGGCACUCCAAUCAAUAUGCCAUGGCUUGGUAGCACACAGACUGGCAGAGGAGCAUCUGUGAUGAUUAAGAAAGCCAUUAAUAAUGUCAGAAGAAUGACGUCUCAUCCAACUCUUCCUUACUAUCUGACAGGAGCUCAAGAUGGGAGUGUCAGAAUGUUUGAAUGGGGCCAUUCUCAACAAAUAACCUGUUUUCGUUCUGGUGGCAAUUCAAGAAUUACAAGAAUGAGAUUUAACUAUCAGGGAAAUAAGUUUGGAAUAGUUGAUGCUGAUGGAUAUUUAAGUUUGUACCAAACAAACUGGAAAUGCUGUCCAAUUACUGGGAGCAUGCCUAAGCCAUACCUGACUUGGCAGUGCCAUAACAAAACGGCCAAUGAUUUUGUCUUCGUUAGUUCCUCCUCUCUGAUAGCUACAGCCGGUCUUUCUACUGACAAUAGAAACAUUUGUUUGUGGGAUACUCUUGUAGCACCUGCCAAUAGUUUAGUACAUGCUUUCACUUGCCAUGAUAGCGGAGCCACGGUUUUAGCAUAUGCUCCCAAGCAUCAGCUACUGAUAUCUGGUGGCAGAAAAGGUUUCACAUGUGUAUUUGAUCUUCGACAACGACAACAGAAGCAGUCAUUUCAGAGCCACGAUUCCCCUAUCAAAGCCAUUGCUAUUGACCCAACUGAAGAGUACUUUGUUACAGGAUCUGCAGAAGGCAAUAUAAAGAUUUGGAGUCUUUCUACCUUUGGUCUUCUCCAUACUUUUAUCAAUGAGCAUGCUCGACAGUCCAUUUUUAGAAAUAUUGGAACUGGAGUGAUGCAAAUUGAAACAGGACCAGCAAAUCACAUUUUCUCUUGUGGAGCUGAUGGAACAAUGAAAAUGAGGAUACUACCAGAUCAGUUUAGCCCCUUAAAUGAAGUGUUAAAAAAUGAUGUCAAAUUUAUGCUGUAACAUUUUCAUAAGCAGUUGUAUAAUUAAUUUAUUACUUGUUUGAUGGAAAUGGCCAACAGAUACAAUGCACAGUAAUCACUUACUCUGUACCACAGAUAACCUAAUGCUUUCUUACUUUUGUAUUUAUUUUACGGAGCUUUGCCCUUGAUGCACUGAUGCCUUAAAAGUUAACAAGUCAUUCAGAAUUAGGUGAUAUUGCCUAACAUAGAAUGUUAGAAAGUGUAAGUAAUGUUGUAUUCAUGCUUAUUUAUAGUGUAUUAUAGUAUGUCAUAAUAUUAAAGGAACUUGGUUUUCUUGUUGUUGAUAAAUUCUUCUGCAGAAAUUCUACAAGUGCAGAAUUUACCUACUAUGAAUUUCAGUGACAGUAAAAAUUGUUUAAGGCAGGUGCAGAUAAUAUGCAUCACUUAAUUUACCACACUCUCACUUCUCUUACCAAAAAUACAUCUAAAUCCUUUUCCUUUCCGUUAAUGGUAAGUUCAUGUGUGGAUAAGAGUAAGACAUAAAUAAUGAGCUUCUCCAUUAAAACUCUUAUUGGGACUUCAGUAUAAAAGAACCAGAUGGUUCAUUAUACAGAGUUUUCGUUUUCCCCUUUCUAGAGCCCUGAUGUGUGUAUGUAAAUGUAUUUAUGUAUAUGUAUAUAUGUGUGUGUAUAUACACAUAAAAAAAUCUUAGCCAUCUUAUUUGAACUUAGUUUGUGUGUGUGUAUAUGUGUGUGCAGAAACUAAGUAUUUAUGUAGUUUUGUGCCAUAAAACCUACUACCACAAGUAUAAAACCUUUUUUUGCAACUAUGUUUUUUCAUUUAAAGUUUUUGUUAAUUCACAUUCUAAUUUUCAAGCAAAUUUUAAGCGAAGUUCCAAUAUUACUAUUUUAAAGAUAUUGAAUCAGAUAAUCUCAGGAGGCAAUAAAGAGACUGUGUUGGCACAUAAGCAUUUAAGUUUAUGAAUUUAUCACAAAGGAGUUCUGAUGAUCAAGCAUUUUGCUUAAACUUUUAUUUUCAUUUUACUUCAUUUUAGAUGCUUUUAAGUCUCAAAAUUCAAGAAAUGUUAUUGCAGUGUUUUUAGAAAAAAAAAGUGAAAAUAGUCAAAUUAAAUAGUGCUUGUGAACAUAAAUGCCCUGCAUAUCUGCCACGGAUAGGAAGCAGUCCUUAUAUUUUAUUAUUUUUGCCAAAAUACAUUACUUUAUUACAAAAAAUUGACAAAAAUGCUUAAAGUGCACAGUGCUUUUAACUUGAAUAUACUAAUCCUAUUUCUCUCUGUUUCAUGCUAUAUCUUUAUGAUUCAGAAUUAUAAAAAACUUGAUAAAUACUUGAUUUUUAACAGUGAGACUGGAAAUAGAGAAGACUAAGUGUUUAAGGGACAAUUAUAUACAAUUUAGCUUACAUUUAUUUUGUUUAGUUGGAACUAUAAAUGGCCAUUUUUAUGUGAUGAAAUAUGGAAAAUAUUAGAAAUUAAAGAGUCAAAGCAAAGAAAUGAAGGGCUGGUAAAAUGAAUUUUGUAAUAUCCUCAGGAUACUUUUAUUAUAAAAGUGUAUUGUUAAAGAUUUUGUAAAUUGUAUUUCAGAAUUUUAAAUAUAUUGAGCAAGUUGCAGUGAAAACAUUGUCAUUAUAGAGAGAGUUUAUUUGCACAUAAUUACCUGUAUCUGUAAAUUGUGCAAUAACAAUAUAUGACUAUUUUGCCAUGGAGAAAUCUGUGACAGCAUUGCAAACAAAUUAUUCUUUGAUGUAGUUAACUUAUUUUUUAGUACUUUCUUCACAAAUCAAGAUACAAAAGGCUAUAAACACUUUCCAUAAGAUAGAACAUUUACUAUUGGGUUUAUUAAAACAAAAGGCAUUGGGGAUGAACUCUUGAACAUUUUAAUUGAGGGUUUAUAUGAAUAACCACAUAUUAUGUAAGCCCAUCUGUAUAUACAUCCAGAGUCAUAUUUUAAAUAAACAAUCAUGCAGUGA